GUUGUUGUUUUUUCAGUGCUUGGAUCAAAGUGGAGCAGCUGAAGCCUUAUCACCCUCACAAAGAGGAAAUGAUAAAGAUUAACAAGGGUAAGCGCUUCCAGCAAGCUGUGGAUGCUGUAGAGGAGUUCCUUAGAAAAACCAAAGGCAAGGACCAGGCGUCUUCCCAUAACUCCAAUGAAGAGAAGAAUCGGCGUAAUUCCAGUGAAGAAAGAGGCAAGCAGUCUGCUGGUGAAGAGAAACGCAAAGCCAGUUUGUCUGAAGGGAAGUUGAAGAAGGGCACAGGGGAAGGAAAAAAGAGGGUCUCUUCUGUAUCGUCAGAGAGAGGAUCAAAAUCACCUUUGAAAAGAGCCCAGGAUCAGAGCCCUCGAAAGCGGGGGCGUCCACCAAAGGAUGAGAAGGACCUCACAAUUCCAGAGUCAAGUACAGUGAAGAGAGUGAUGACUGGAACAGUGGCUGGAUUUAAAUGGCCGCCAGGUGUCAGUGAGCCUGUGAAGGACAGUGAUCCACACUUUCAUCACUUCCUGCUGAGCCAGACAGAGAAGUUCCUUCAUCUGGAUGAACUUGUCAAUCAAAUGAAUAUGGCAGGAGAAUUUCCAGGACCAGAAAAGCUCCGUCCAGCUGUCUGCUAUCAGGCCAUCACAAAGAAGCUGAAGGUUUGUGAAGAG